ACUACCAGUCAGCUGUUCAGUGUUUGGCUCCUCAACAACCACAGAAAAGUAAUUAAAAACCUCGUAAUUAAUUACGUUAAUUAUUAAUUAAUUAUCGCCAACAAUAAUAUCAAUAAUUAAAAUAAAACAAAAGCGCGUAAAGUUAUAAAAAUAAAUAAAAUGAAUAAAUUAUCCGGAAUUGUUUAUGUGCAAAGUGAUGUCAUGUGCGCACGUCCUGUGGCGCAUGAGGCGGAUGUUUGUGUAACUAGAAGCCCGAGUGUAUUUUAGCAGUACCUUUGAUGAUACGGUAGUUUGUGUGCGUGAGUCUGAUGUCAGUCUCAGUCUCGGUCGUGUGCUCGGUCUAUUAUGAGGUCAGACGCCGAGCCAGAGUAUUUUGAAUUUAAAGUCUAGCGUAGAUUUAGUUUGUCGAGUGACGUCGACCUGAGCUGUCAGCUGUCAAUUUGAAUUUCGUAUUUAUUUUAUUUUUUAUAAAUAAUUUAUUGUCGGUCUAGUAUUUAAAUCAGAGUAAUGCUCGAGUCCUGUGAAUGCCAUAGAUUUUAUUAUUUAUUGCUGUGAUGUGCCGGUUUAAAUUUAAAAUGCAAUGCGGUACUUUGGUAACUAAUAAGUUCUGUGGUUAUUUUAUUAUUGUUUUUUUAAUUUAUUGUGGGUUCUGUUGUACUAUUUGUUGUGCUAAUGGAAUAUUUAGUGAUCAUAAGUGUAGUCAUCAACAUCCACGUCCUCAUGAGGUCGUACAUGGUGUUCAUAUCGAACCAGCCCAUGAAGUCAAAAAACGCAGUAUUAAUCAACCGCUAAGAAUUUUAUUAUUUUAUGAUGACAGUGUUUAUAGAUUGGAUGAUGAAAAGCUUGACCUCAUUAAUAAUACCAUACUACCAGAAGCUGUACACUUUUGGGAACGUACACUAAUGGUCCGAGAAACUAAAAAUACAAUUCGUUUAAAUCGAAAAUGUGAGAGCAGCCGAGUUUUUGUGAAAGACCACCAUACGUAUUGCAUCGAUACAUGUCGACCUGAGACCAUGUGUGGGGAAGUUAGAGUACCGGAAGCUCAUCUUGAUGUAUGUAGGGUAUGUAAUGCAACGGGACAAAAAUGCGGUGUACAAGAGGGUAGUACAGCUGGUGAAGGAAUUGAUGGCGCUGAUUUUGUAUUUUAUGUAUCGGCAUUACAAUCAGAACGCUGUCAUAAUGGAUUGACAGUUGCUUAUGCAGCUCAUUGUCAACAAGAAUCUGCAUUAGACAGGCCAAUCGCUGGACAUGCAAAUUUAUGUCCCGGAAGCAUCAGCACAAAGCCACAAGAACUCGAAACUCUACUGAGUACAGUAAAACAUGAAAUAUUACACGCGUUAGGUUUUUCAUUAAGUCUCUAUGCGUUUUAUCGCGAUGAAAAUGGGGAACCGCGGACACCAAGACGCGCGGAAACCGGAAAACCUCAACUCAAUGAAAAGCUGCAAACGCACCAGUGGAGCGAGAACACGAUAAAAACAAUAGUGAGGCCGCAGUGGCAUGUAAGGGGUGGCAGCGUCGAGCGGUCGAUGCAGAUGAUUGUUACGCCACGUGUCAGAGAAGAAGUACGUGCGCAUUUUAAUUGCCCUAAUUUGGAAGGCGCCGAAUUAGAGGAUCAGGGGGAGGAUGGGACCGCACUCACCCACUGGGAAAAAAGAGUUUUUGAGAAUGAAGCAAUGACUGGUACCCAUACACAAAACCCAGUGUACUCCCGUAUAACCCUUGCCCUGAUGGAAGACACCGGCUGGUACACCGCCAACUACUCAAUGGCCCAAGAGCUCGGAUGGGGUCGCCGAUUAGGCUGCGAUUUCGCUAUGAAAUCUUGCAAAGAAUGGAUAUCUACGCGCUCAUCACGUCUAUCUGAUGAGGAUCCAAAGGGAAAAACAAUCCAUCCAUUUUGUAAUAAAGUGAAACAAGACCCAUUACAAACAGAGUGUACUGAUGAUCGAAGUUCAGUAGCUCUGUGUAAUCUUGUUGAGCAUCCGCAGCCGUUACCAAAAAGAUAUCAGAAUUUUGAUUGGAUCCCACAUGUGCAGUCGGGAAAAGAACAAUACUACGGCGGAUCAGUAUCGCUGGCGGACUAUUGUCCUUAUAUACAAGAAUUCACGUGGCGAGCUAAGAAUAUUGUGAUUCGUGGCUCUCACUGUCUUUAUGAAGAAAACAAUCCACAUCCAGAAAAAAAUUUCGCAUUAGAAAAUUACGGGCCGCAUUCGAGGUGUUUUGAUCAUACUAAUGAUAUGUGGGAAGAGAGAACGUGUAAACAAGCGAGGCAAUGGCAGCACUGGGGCUCGGGGUGUUAUCAAUAUAAGUGUGAAGCUGGAAGACUUCAUAUUAUGGUCGCAAACUAUACAUACACUUGUUAUCACGCUGGUCAAAAAUUAACAAUUAAAAUAAUCGAAAACGAUUGGCUGCACAAAGGCGCGCUAAUAUGUCCCCCGUGUAAAGAAAUAUGCCAGCAAGAAUUAAAAUCAAAAGGCGAGUGGUGCAAACCCGGGGACGAGCAUCCGCCCUCAACUUUCUACCACCAAGAUCACUUGCAGUGCGGCAUUGGCCGGAACUUGCCCUCGAUCUUUCGCAGUUUAUUACUUAUCGGUAUCAAUCUCAUUUUCAGGUGAUCUAAUUCCGUAUUAUCAUUAAGUUUUUAAUUGGUGAUAAAAAUUUCAUGAAUAUUCAUAAUUAUAAUAAAAAUUUUUCAAAAUAUAUAUAAAUAUCAAGGUGCGUCAUUUCAGAGCAACAUUUAUUUUUAAGUGCGCGUGCAAAAAAAAAAUUUUUCGCGCCAGAAAAAAAAUUGUAUGUCGAUUACAGACCCAGCUCAUGGAAAAAUUCGAUUUUCAUUUAAAUAACGCGGGAAAGUUUUUUUUUUAAAUUUGAGUAUUUUAAUCUCGUUAACAAAUCGAUAGAUCGAAUAGACUGAUACAUAUUUUGUAGGAAAUUUAACGCUCUACAAAAAAGGUCUCUUAUCAUUUUUUGAUAAAUUCUUCUGUUUGAAAGUUAUUAGAGUUCGGAGUAAAGUUGGAGAUCUUUUUACUUUUCUGGCGAAACUAUCAGACUUAUCACAAAAUUUUAUAGGAGCUUUUUUGUAGACAAUUUUAUUCUCUACAAAUUAUUAUCAGUAAAGUUUUUUCAAAUUCCGCUUCGUUCUCUAGUUAUUUUCAUUUCAAUGUCGAGCUUUGAAAUCGAUCAGAACCACUAUUAUAAGAGCGGGAAAUUAAAAUGAAAAUAACUAGAAAACAAUGCGGAAUUUGAAAAAACUUUACUGAUAAUAAUUUGUAGAGAAUGAAAUUGCCAACAAAAAAGCUCCUAUGAAAUUUUGUGAUAAGUCUGAUAGUUUCGCCGGAAAAGUGAAAAGAUCUCGAAAUUUACUCCGAGCUCUAAUAACUUUUGAACAGAAGAAUUUAUCAAAAAAUGAUAAGAGACUUUUUUUGUAGAGCGUUCAAUUUCCUACAAAAAUAUAUAUUAGUCUAUUCGAUCUAUCGAUUUGUUAACGAGUUAAAAAUGCUCAUUUAAAAAAAAAAUUUUCCCGCGUUUUUUAAAUGGGAUUCGAAUUUUUCCAUGAGCUGGGUCUGUAAUCGACAUACAAAUUUUUUUUUCGCGCGAAAAUUUUUUUUUUGUAAACUAUGAUUUUUUCUAUGCACAAAAAAAAUGUUGCUUCGAAAUGACGCACCCUAAUAAAUAUUUAUAUCUUUUUGAUCGGUUGAAUUGCAGUUGGGUUUAAAAUAACUGCCAGACUUCCGAUCUCUUUCAAAAAUGUUUUAUUCUUCGGUAAUAUUUUAUGAGUCCAUUACUCAAGUCUUCAGACCAUUAAUUUUGCAUAGAGAAACUUUUUUAAAAUUAAAUUUAUGUUUCGUCAUAUUGAUAAAUAUUUGAACUGUUUUUUAAAUAUAUAUUGCAUGUUUUUAUAAUAACAAUAAUUUUUUUAAAUUGAUACUCAAAAAAAUAAUUAGAUUUUUAAUUACUAACAUAAGUGGACGUCAUAUCGUAAUUGUAAAUUAGAAAAAAUUUUUAAUUAAUUAAAUAAUAAAAAAAAGUAUUAGUUGAGAUUAUUUGAGAUUGAAGCAUUUGAGGUAUGAGUUGAAUUACGAGUUUUGUUAUUGGAAAAAAAAAACAAAAAAAAAAUACGUAAAAUAAAAUGUAUAUAGUUUAUCACGUAAAAAAUCGAUAUCGAUAUUUUUGGGUAUCGAUAUAAAUAUUUAAGACAAGUAUGGGUUGUGGGUACUCGUUUUAAAGCGCAGGCGAUUUCCUGUCGAUAUAUGUCAUUGAAAAUAUUAAAUAAUUGUUGAGUAAUUGCAAUUGCCAUUGCGACAAUUAUCUAUAUAAAUUUUAAAUGGCUGAUAACUUUUGAACAAUCGACUUUACGAUAUUUUUUGUCUGAUAAAAAUUUAUCGAUAAUUUAAUUGCCAACAAAUUUGUUUAUGUAAAAAAAUACCGUAGGACCGACGGUUUAAAAGUUAUCGGCGUUUAAAGUUCAAGUUAUACAAAUAAUAAUAACAACAAUUGUAAUUACUGAUAAAUAAUUAUUUUUUUUUUAUAGUCUUGUAGAAAAUAGCGAGAGCUUUAAAAUGAGUACCAACAACCCAUACUUGGGGUGAUUUAUAAAAAUAUCGUUGGUUGUAAAAUUUAAAAAAUGUUUUUUUUUUUUUCUAAAUUUAUUUAACAAAAUAUAUCAGUAUGAUAAAUAGAUAACGCAAAUUAUUGUAAGUGAUUUAUAAAAAUAAUUAAUUUAAAGUAAAUGUUAUCAAGUGAAAUGAAAAAAAUAAAUUUUAACAAUUGUUUUUAAAUUGUUUAAAUAUUAAUAAAUAAAUAAAAUAAUGUAAUUAAUAUAAUUAUUAUUAAUUAAAAAUAAAAAGCGACGGGGCAUUUUAUAAUUUAAUAAUAAAAAAAAGUUCAUUGUAAAUAAAUUUAGAAGCAUUUUAUUAUUUAUUA